UUUCAAUUUUUGAGUUAGAGUAGGAUGUCUUAAAAUGCUUUGAACUAAAUACGUACAAAUAUAUUUUGUUUUCAAUUUCCUAAGAAAGAGAGACAAUACUGAAAUAAGUGUUUUAAAUUGUUUUAAUGGAAAUUUUCACAGAUAUGCACGCCACUACAUCAGCACUCAUAUCACGUCAAGAUUCUCUAGGAUUAAGAGAUGGAAACCAGUGCGGAUCCCAGAGUUCCAACGUUUUUUGUCGGUGGUAUACAAUAUGGGAGUCGUUAGAAAAUCAAGAAUAACAGAAUACUGGAAUCGGUCUCUGAAAAGCUAGGACACUCCGUGGUUUCAGCGCAUAAUGUCACGAAACAGAUUCCAAAUCAUUCUUAAAUUCCUUCACAUAACGGACUACAGAAAAAUACGAAACAGAGAGGACCCUGGUUACAGCCCUGAUUCGAGGUUCAAACCUCUAUUGACCUUUGUCAACAAUCGAUUCAAAGCACUUUAUACGCCACAGAGAGAACUUUCCAUUGACGAAUCCCUAGUCGCUAGCAGAGGAAAAAGUGUAAUGAAACAGUAUAUCCCUAGUAAAGCUGCUAAGUUCGGAAUCAAAUUUUGGGUGCUUGUAGAGGCUUGUAGUGGUUACGUCAUGAACAUGUCUGUAUAUCGCGGUAAAACGUAUGACCCGACACCUAGAGGUGAACAACAGGGAACAAACGUUGUUAUGUACCUGUUACGCGCAUGCGAAUUGCUGUACAAAGGAUAUCAUGUAGUCUGCGAUAGUUUUUUCUGUUCGAUAAACCUUGCUAGGUUAUUAUUGUCCAAAGGUACUUAUCUGACCGGCACACUUCGGAAAAAUAGGCCGAUGCCCAAAACAGUGAAGGAAGCGAAUCCAAACCCAGGACAGACUACUUUUAUGAGGUCGGGAGAUAUACUUUGUGUGGCUCACAGGGGUGAAAAAGCUAACAAGCCGUGUGCAUCACGCCAGUGUGCGGAGAGCACAUGA